AUGGCGCUUGACGAGCUCUCUAAGUUGGGUAUGCGUGGUGUUGGGCCGGAGUACAGUACUCCCAUCCUGCGUGUUUCAGAUGUGGCCGUCCUAGAGAGGGCUUUGCAUCCGGUGUAUGUACUAUUUGCCAUGAACAGCCCUGCGCGAGUGCAUCAACAGAGAGGGAAGAAUUGGUACGGCUUGCUCUGCGUUAUUCCCGCAAAGCCGGAAAAGACACAGCAGCUCAAAUGGGCCGCUCCGGCGGAUGAAACAUGGAAAGCGAAGCUGCUUAGCUACCUCGGGGACUGGAAUUCCGUGAUGACAAAAAUCAUUCGGUACUCUACGAAACUCGGGGUUUUCCCGGCCGCGAGGGGUACAUGGCCCCGAUCAAUGGUUGAUGGAGAUCGGUUGGUGUUUUUAGGUGAUACGGGACACCCCACCGGGGGUGCGUUGAGCGCGGGCAGUGCCCUGGCCUAUGAGGAUGCAAAGUCUCUCUAUCUCACCCUGGGUCAUGCCCAUCGAGCCUUUAAUGGCCGAUGGACACCAGAGUCCAUCAAGCUCGCCUUAGAGAGUUAUGACGAAAUGCGAAUCCCGCAUCUCAAAAAGAUCUGGGAGGAGAUCAAGGUCUUCGACACCAGCAUGGAGGCAGUGGACAAGCAUGCCGCUUCGGACUACGUCUCUCGAGACAUCCGAUGGGUCACCAAUAAUGACGUGGACGCGGACCUUGCCAGCUGCAUCAAGGCAAAGGAGUUGAGGGGCCUUAACAAUGCGAGCUUAGAGGGGGGUGGGUCCCAUCUUUGACGGAUGCAACUGUAGGGGCUUAGGACUAAGUCGCGCAAGG